AUGAAGCUAUAUUGGGGCUUGCGAGGUCCAAGGCUGCACGCGGCCAUCUGGGCUGAGGCGUGCGUUCUGGUCUCCAUCUUUGGCUAUAAUCAAGCCGCUGCAGGGGGUGUCCUGACCACGCGCUCCUUUAACGACCAAUUUCCGCAGAUGGAUGUUAUCAACAAUGAAGGCGAGAGGAAGCGCUACAAUUCGACAGUCCAAGGGACUGUCAUAGCGCUCUACACCCUCAUGGGUGUCUUCGGAGCGCUGGCUUGUACCUUCUUCGGCGAUACAGUCGGCCGCCGAUGGACACUCUGGAUUUCCUGCCUGUUUAAUGCCAUCGGCGCCCUUCUCAUGUGCACGGCCUUCUCGUUCGGUCAAUUCAUUGUAUCUCGUCUGGUUCUGGGGUUUGGAACCGGUGGAGUCAUUGCAACCACGUCUGUCUGGCAGUCAGAACUUUCCAAAGCGUCCUCCCGAGGCUCGCAUGUGUCAGCAUUCGGGAUCUUCUGCGGCAUCGGCCUGGCGCUUGCUCUGUGGAUCGAUUUCGCAACUUCAUACUCCUCCAGCUCAUUCGCUUGGCGCUUUCCGCUCGCAGUUCCGAUGCUGUUCUCUGCCAUCGCAAUGCCAACUAUCUUCACUCUACCAGAGAGCCCACGCUGGCUGAUGAAGAAAGGUCGCUCGAAUGAGGCAGGAGAGAUUUUGCAGUUGCUUCACCAGGAUCCCGGAAUCGUGGAGAAGGAGCUGCAAGACAUUCGCAUCAGCUUAGAUGUAUCUGGAGGUACAGACUUGCGAUCGCUCUUCACAAUGGGGGAGCAGCGAGUGCUGCACAGGGCUCUCAUUGGGUGCAUUGCGCAGAUGAUGCUCCAGAUGACAGGUAUCAACAGCGUCACCUACUAUGCUUCCAGUCUCUACGCAUCAGAGCUCGGCUUCGGCGUCAAGACGGCAGAAGCAUUGGCAGCUGCAUCGCAAUUCUGCAUUAUCCUCGGUUCGUCCAUUUGUUCCUUCACCGUGGAUCGCUAUGGGCGGCGAACGUUGAUGCUCGGGUCGGCGGCGUCGAUGUCAGCCUGCUUCGCCUUCCUCGCAGGCUUAGUAUCCCAUCCGAGCAACAAGAGCGUAUUGAAGACAGCGGUCUUCUUCGUCUACCUGUACCAGACGGUUUAUACAUUGGGUUUUCUGGGCAUUCCAUUUCUCUAUGCCAGCGAGAUCGCUCCAGCUAAGCAGCGAGCCGCAAUCUGCGGAAUUUCCACGGCAGUGAGCUGGCUCUUCAACUUCCUCGUGGCUGAAGUUACGCCGAUAGCUUUCACGGAUAUCGGAUGGCGUUAUUUCAUCGUCUAUUGUGUCCUCAAUGCUGCGUGGGUCCCGAUAAUAUACUUUUUCUUCCCCGAAACCAAAGGUCGUGCCCUUGAGGAGAUUGAUGAGAUCUUUAUCGCAUCCAAAAGUAUCUUCGAUCCUGUGCGUAUGGCUCGAACGCAGCCAACCGAUCUAGUUGAUUUUGUGUCUCCGCGAACCGAGAAGCAGGGUCCCUCUGAGAGCAACAACUCGAUUGGAAGAGACAUCGAGCAUAUUGAGCAGAGAGAGGAGCCUGAUUAG